GUGGAGUCAGCCGAGCAGGUGCUAAUGAAGUGUCUCCUCAGCCUUGGGACUCGCUGCCUCAACCUCCUAGGCUUCCAGCAGUUUGUGGGUGACAGUGAGAUGACCUCUGACCUUAUCGACGAGGGCAAGGAGCUGAUCCGACGAGAGAAAAGGAAACGGCAAAGGGUAGAAGACGGAGAGAACAGACGCAGAGAAUGGAAGGAGCGUUACGGAAACUCGAGGGAUGACUACACGGCGAGGAACAGGAGCAGCCAUGAGAUGAAGGAGACCAGUUACUCAGACACCGUGACGCCCAGAGACAACAGACAAGCUAAAUACUCUCGCUCUGGAGGCCGGGCGGAGAGGGACUGCAUGGAGCUGCUGCAGGACGCUGAACCUUUAGACUUCAACGCUGAGUCUCUGACAGAUGACGCUCUGGACUCAGAGUCUGGGAGACAUGCAGGAGGACGAUAUCUGUCCAUGUCUUCGUCACGCAGCCGAAUAUUUGACGACGUCUGACGGGAAGAAGAAAGGUGAAGGGGAGCCAUAAACUGGAACACGUAUUAAAGUUUGAAGGAAGUGAAUGUACCACAUGACCUCUGUUUCCCAGGAUGCAUGGUAACUUAACAGCAGGUGGCCUGUGUCAGUGACGGUCUGUCCCCCUAAAUGAUCCAUAAUCCUGUCCAUGAAGGCUUAAGGAAUAUUGAAGCUAACCAUGUUACACUAACUGUCAUGGAGACACGUCUAAGACCCCUGCAUGUCAGGCAGGGGGCGCUCUAACCGUCUGAGCAUGCUCUAAAAGAGAGUCACACCCUGCUGCAUGUCGUCACUUUCAUCACAGGUCAUAUGAAGGGAGGUCAUCUAUAUUUGUGAAUGUAUUUCUCUUUUUGUCAUGUUUGAAACACGAUCACUCUCAGCUUCACUUCAUCUACAGCUCACAGCAAGAGAACCCGAGUUGUCCGUCAUGUUAAAUCAAAACGACUGCUCGGGGACUCUCCCCGCUGACGCUCUUCUGCGGCGUUCACACGGGACACUCCGCCCCCUCAUCUCCUCAAACAGUCCGACUGAGUGUGAAGCCAUAAACGGUUUUAAGAGAAGUUCACUUCCUGCCCUGAUGGUUAGAAAAUGUUCCCUCUUGGCUUGUCACAAUACCAGAAUUUAAAACUGUGAUGAGAUUCUAGUAAAAAUCAAACAUUGAUACCUGUUACCACAGCAACAUAAAUAGAAAUCUUAAGCCCUGUUCAGAGCGCCGUUUCCAGCCGCCAUAUAUACACAGCUGUGACGUUUCUUCUCCAAUCUGAAUGUUGUGGAGGCGUAAUGACAGUGCAGUGUCCCUGGGUUCAAUCUGACCCCUGACCCUCUCCAGCGUGUUGUCCUCCACUCUCUCUCUCUCACUUCCUGUUUCUCUCCUGCUGUCCGAUCUUAAAAAGACAAAAAGGCCAAAAAAUAUAACUUCAAACAAACAAACAAACAGACGUGGUAAAGAGAAGAAUUGUUGAUAACCUCGGCUGCUUCAGUGCCACAUAUUGGUCAAAGGAAUCCAGAUUUCUUCCCUCAGAAAUCUCGUCCACACACGUCCACACUUCAGGCUCCAAUAACUCCAAGUGUGAAGAGAAUACGACACGUUUCAACAUAAGCUCCGCCCACAGCGCAAGAGCAAACGUAUCACACGUUUAGAAGAACCGUGUUGGAAAUAUAAAAUAUAACGAAUCCCGGCGCGGUCCAGAAAUAUGUUGAAGUAGUGAAAACUUCAAGGGGCGGGGCUUAAAUGAUAUUUUUCUUCUUCUUGUGAUAAUCCUUGGCUUCACCUUGCAGACCCUCUCACCUACAGUCUGUGGUAACAACAGGUAACACACAGGUCUGGCCCUUUAAAUGUGUUAGCAUGUAGCAUUAGCUCUGGGGCUGACGACGAGCUCCUGCUGGCAGGUUCAGUGACCACGUUCACAUCACGCCGCCCUCGGUCCAUAUCAUGUCUGUGUAUAUAAUGUAUGAUAUCUUUUUGUAUGAGUUGGACUAAUUCAUGAUGCACAGAAGAAUUCAUGUGACUUUGUAUUUAUUGUAUUUCCUGGUAACGGAGCGUCAUCAUCCUGCUGAUUCUGAUGUUUGAUUAUAUUUAUUCAUGACGCCGCAGGUGGAGCGUAGAUAUCACGAGUUCUUUACUGUCGUGACUUAUUUAGAGAAACAAUGAUGUAUGUUUUAAUCUGCUGCCAGUGUUGUGUCAAUAAAAGAGAUCCAAUGUUA